CUUUAAGAAACGCGCUCCUGUUGUACGAGCCUGGUGUUUUUCCACUGUCUCCCUUAUUACAUGCGCUCCCCAUAUAAGACACAAGUCUGGGGGAGAGGGCGAUAAGAAUAUUUUCCUUGCCUUGUAAUCUCACCAGAAGACAAAAGAAUAUCAGAGGGACUUCAAGAAUAAAUUGCACUGGCAGGAUGGCACAGAAGGAAAAGUUGCAGUGUCUUAAAGAUUUCCAUAAAGACACGUUGAAGCCGUCUCCCGGUAAGAGUCCCGGCACACGUCCGGAAGACGAGGCGGAGGGCAAACCACCACAGCGGGAGAAAUGGGCCAGCAAAAUGGAUUUUGUGCUCUCCGUGGCCGGAGGUUUCGUGGGUUUAGGCAACGUUUGGCGUUUCCCGUACCUCUGCUACAAGAACGGCGGAGGUGCAUUUCUCAUCCCCUACUUCAUAUUUCUGUUCGGUGGAGGUCUGCCCGUCUUUUUUCUGGAGGUGGCGCUUGGUCAGUUCACUUCUGAAGGGGGAAUCACCUGCUGGGGGAAACUGUGUCCCAUUUUCACGGGAAUCGGCUACGCCUCAGUAGUGAUCGUGUCUCUUCUGAACAUCUACUACAUCGUGAUCUUGGCGUGGGGUCUGUAUUACCUGCUGCAGUGUUUCCAACACGAGCUGCCAUGGGCUCGCUGCCGGCACAGCUGGAACACGGCGAACUGCGUGGAGGACACCGUCCGCAAGAACAAAACGCUCUGGCUCUCCGCCAGCGCCACCAACCUCACCUCGCCGGUCAAAGAAUUCUGGGAGCGGAACGUCCUGAGCAUAUCUUCAGGGAUCGACGAGGUCGGCGGGCUCAAGUGGGACCUGGCGCUGUGCCUGCUGGCCGUUUGGAUCAUCUGCUUCUUUUGCAUAUGGAAAGGAGUCAAAUCCACCGGCAAGGUGGUUUAUUUCACAGCUACGUUUCCUUUCCUCAUGUUGAUCGUGCUGUUGGUGCGAGGCGUGACGCUGCCCGGUGCUGCUGAGGGCAUCAAGUUCUACCUUUAUCCCGACUUGACCCGCCUACAGGACCCUGAGGUGUGGAUUGAUGCCGGCACACAGAUAUUUUUCUCUUAUGCCAUUUGUCUUGGUGCUAUGACAUCGCUGGGAAGUUACAACAAGUACAAGUAUAACUGCUACAGAGACUGCUUGCUGCUCGGAUGCCUGAACAGUGGUACCAGUUUCGUGUCGGGCUUUGCCAUCUUCUCUGUGCUGGGGUUCAUGGCACAGGAGCAGGGCGUGGCCAUCGCGGAUGUUGCCGAGUCAGGUCCUGGUCUGGCCUUCAUCGCGUACCCGAAGGCCGUUACCAUGAUGCCACUGCCAACGGUCUGGGCGAUACUGUUCUUCAUAAUGCUUCUGCUGCUAGGCCUAGACAGUCAGUUUGUAGAAGUGGAGGGUCAGAUCACCUCUCUUGUUGAUCUGUACCCAUCCCUCCUAAGGAAGGGAUACCGGAGAGAAAUCUUCAUCGCUGUCAUCUGCGUCAUCAGUUACCUGCUGGGACUCACCAUGGUCACUAAAGGUGGCAUGUACGUCUUUCAGCUGUUCGACUAUUACGCGGCCAGCGGUGUUUGUCUUCUCUGGGUUGCAUUCUUUGAAUGUGUUGCAGUAGCCUGGGUUUACGGGGCUGAUAAUUUCUACGAUGCUAUAGAGGAUAUGAUUGGUUACAGACCCAAUGGUUGGAUGAAGUGGAGCUGGAUGGUUAUAACGCCGGUCCUUUGCGUGGGUUGUUUUGUCUUUUCAUUGGUGAAGUACAAACCGCUCACCUACAACAAGCUGUACGAGUACCCCGAUUGGUCGAUCGGAUUGGGUUGGGCUCUCGCGCUGGCUUCUAUGAUUUGCAUCCCGAUGAUGGUCGUCAUUAAAAUCAUCCAAUCCGACGGCUCACUGAUAGAGCGGAUCAAAGCCGUGGCGGCGCCAGUGAAAGGGGGCGCAAGUUCUCGUCCCAAGGAGUACAGCCUGAAGAACAGCGAGCUGCUUCAUCCUCUGGACCCCAACGGCAUCCACGCCUUCACCAAAAACCCCCACACCGUCGUAGAAACCACAAUGUGACGCUCUCUAAGAGAGAUUCCCAAAUUCUCCCUCCCUUCUCCUCUCCUGUUGGAGAUCCCGGUUCUGUCCUCUUUUCUCCCUCUCUGUACUAGUACAAUCCGAGUUGGGCUUUAUGUAACGAAAUGUUCUUAAAUCGAUAUAUCUUUUUUUGCCAUGCAUUAUUACUGUAAUCGCUGGUAUCGGCAUUAAUGCUGAUGUCGGAAUGAAUCGGUGUGUUUAGUUUUUGUUGAAUCUGUAGUGCGCUGUUCCUCAGUGUUCUAACCAGGCGAGGUGACACGGCAAAGCGACUAUAAAAGCUAUUUUACCAUGUUAAAGAGACGUUUUGCUAUUUGCUUUUGUCUUUGUCUUCCUAGCCCCAAGUUGAAUCUCAUUGGUCCCGGUUGUCGCUCAAACAUCACUCACGUUCAGACUUGGCCGUGUCGCUCAGCCGAAAUCGUUCCCCGUAGUCUCGCCUGUUUAGAAGACAGCGUUAUUCAAGUGUGAGAGUUGUUCGUAAACAGUUCAAGCUUCAUUUUGGGGGAAAAUUCUACAGUAAGACGAACCAUUUAGCUACAUAAUAACGUCUGUCCGUGGUUGUGGCAGUAAGUCUCGUAAGAUGGGGUUCGUAACGUUCUUUGUCUUGAAGAAAAACGAAUGUACCUCCGCUUCGGGCGGACGCUCUGCACAACUUACAAACGCAUACACGCACACAAACACAUACUGUAUGAAACACACAAACGUAACGCUCUGUCCUGAAGUCUCUUCUUGAAUGUUGUGAUCACUGCCACAAGUUGUUGUAAUACUGCAGGCAGCUGCGUUCACGUUGAAUAUACGUCUCAUUUGAAGCAGUAUUAUAAGCGUAAGACGACAUCAAAGAGCUGUUUUUUAUUAACAUCACACAGGGCUGUUUGUAUGUUGGAGCACGCACGUCUGAGACCACUCGUGAAAACGCUUUUUGCCUUCUUUCUAAUUGUUGUCAUUACAAAUUAUAUUACCAACAUAGCAAGCGUUAACUUAAAAUUGUCUUAGAAUGGCCCGACAGAAACAAGCCUUAUAUACGUAAGUUCAUUUUAUUACGUAUAGGCUACAUAAGUUCAGGUAUAUUUUAACCUUACGUUUAAAUAAUCUAAUAUUAAUGUAGUGCACUUGGAAGUGUACCGUUUUAAUACUUCUUGACAAAACUUUCCCACUUAGUUUAUAAAAGUAUACUUUUAGGUAUACUUAAGUGUAAAAGUAGUAAACUUUGAGUACACGACUAGUUACGCUUUAUAUUUUUGUACUGAUACUACAGUAUUCUACAGUGAACUUAUACAGUGAAAUACUGACAGUUCAAUACUUGUAGCUUUUAUUUGAGCACAUAUUUUAGUUUAUGAAAGUUCACUUUGAAUUUCGCUCUGAGUAAAAUACUAGUUUAGUAUACGACUCGUCAUCCUUAAAGUGCACAAUAAUAUAAAUAGUAAACUAUAAGUAUACUAUUAUGUUCAUGUCUUUGUAGCUUUAAUUGUACUUGAAGUAGGCUUGAAAUAAAUUCCUCCGACCACUGUUUAUUAAGCUACAUCCUUACAUAAACUACAACUUGUACGUUUAUAGAACAGUAUAUAAAAUUAUGUGAAAAGGUAUUAAAUAGGCUGUUCAAUCAAAAGAGGAAUCACCACUACAACCCAAGUAUACAAAGUAUAUCUCAAAUAUAGGCCAAAUAUACUUUUCUGUAAGUAUAAGACAACCGACUGAAAGUAUACUUUCUUAUUUUUAAGUUUAAACCAGUAUGCUAAAAGUAAACUUCUGAUGACUCAGAAACGCUGCAGAAAUAGUUCUUCUUUGUGUGUCAUUUUCUUUCUUUUGAAUUUUGACUUCACGUGGUCUCAGACUUUAGGAUACUUCUGUACAACACGUGAUCCAGUAUCGCCAAACCGCUCAAAACUGUAACAAUCAUCAGGAUUAAUAAUCCUGGGCUUUAUAUCAAUGCACAGAGACACUGCCAAUUCCCUCUCGGGCUCGAACUCAAAUCGUGCGACUGUCUCUUUAAAUGAGCCUUAAAAUAUUUCAGCUAGAACUGCCCCUCAUAAUACUCCCAUGUCCUUUACCCCAGACCACCCUGCCCUCCAAAAAUACAACCCUGACCCUUCAGCCCUUUGACCCCACUGUCUGAUCAUGUGACCUGUGACCCCUUCUAGAUUAAGCUAACCCGUCUGUCCCGUCCCCACUACACACACACUUCUCUUUAAGAUAAUGUUCACUAAGCAAGUGUUCGUUCCUGUUUAGCAUUUCAUUUAUCUAAAACUUGCCUUUUUGUAUUUAACCAUUUUAUACUGUACCUGACGUGAUUUGCAGUAUUUUUUCUGAAUGUAUUCCGAAAUUUAUAUUUGAACUAGUGUGAGCCUAAAUACACCUUUCAGUGUGCAAUAUUUGUAAACAUGUGGCUUUUCCAUUAUUUUAUUAUCAUUUCAGAUGGAAAAUGUGGCAAGAUUGAAACAGGAAGUUUAAUAUACGUUUUUUCUUUGACAUAACUAAAUGGCUUAUUCCUAUUUUGCUGUAAUAUGAAAACUUGAUUAAACGAUCUUGUUAAACCAAAGUAGUUUUGUGACAGACAUCAUACAAGAUGCAUGUUGCAUCUUUCAGAUAUGAAAUAAAAAAAAAAUGAAAAUGGUAAA